AUGCGGUGGGAAAGCAAUGGGGAGUUUUGGGAAACCGGGCCGAAAAUUCCUCGAAAACGGCAGACUACAACAACUAUUGGCGUUGGUGCAGAUGGCGGUAUUAUUUUGGCGCGCUGUUCCCAAGAAACUGCGAGUUCAAGAAAAACCCGCAGUCAAUACUUAUCGCAUUCGUUAGCGAACAACACUCAUCCUUCAGCUCCAGAAUUGGCAGCAAAACGUAACAAACAAAUAAUUGCCGAAACAACUCCCAGUUUACUACCUCAUCAGGAUAGCCUCCAUAAACCUGACGUUAGUGCAAAUUUAAAAACGCGUCUAGCCUUUCUGUCAGCUCGCCGAAGACUUGGACAAAAUCAAAUUGCAGCUGCUCAUUUGUCACAAAAAUCAGUGGAGGCGGAAAAGAAAAGCACUAUGAUUGGAAUCAAGCGAACUCAGGAAUUUCGAGACGCUAUCUGUACGCGCCCACCACUAAACCACAAAGACCACAAAUUGAACGGCAUCAGCAAGCUGCCGCAAAGCAACGCGGCUCCUAUCUAUUCUGGAACACCGGUCCAGAAUCCGUACUUUCCACAAAAUGAUCGUUUGCUGCAGUUACAGCUUCAGUCACCAAAUUACUUGUCAACUCCAAGUUCACGAGAAUUUCCAAUUUACAAACUUUCACAACCUGAAUCAGGCUUCGCCCCUUUCACUGCGAUCCCAUACGGUUCGAUUCCAUUUUUGCCACCAGCAAACAUUUCAGCUUCAUCUCUGGAAGAUUUCUGCUCAAAAAACCCGAUCAGUUUUCAAUUAUACAACGCAUCAACGAAUUCCAACAGUCAUUUACUACACCCGGAUCAAGCUCGACUGUAUCCAUCAUCGCCUCCGUCAUCGGCCUUAGCAGCAGAGGAGUUUUUACGCGCACAGGCAGCAGCAACAGCAGUGGUUAUCAAUCCAUCAGUGACAGGGACGGCAGUUUAUCAACAGUAUUCAGGGCCAUUACUAAAUGCUGACGGUUCACUAACAACAAGCGGCACUACGACAAGUGGUCCUUCAAAUCGGACGUUUCAGGGAACUGCUACUUUUCCGCAGAAUCAGACCGAGCAAAAGUCGCCAUUUAGGGAUGGGUAA